AUGUCCCAACAGACGCAAUUGACCACCGAUCUGGACGUUGCGGAAACUCCGCAGCAACACCCUUGCCAGUGCUCCGCGAUGAGUAGCAUGGACUCGAUGAGGACGCAGAGGGACAGGCCGGAGAGAAGCGUGGGAAGUACAAGAAUUUCCAACAGCCAAGAACUCCCUAGGGGUCUGGAAGCGCUUCAGAACGCUUUCGAGCCGAUAAGAAGGCUGGAAAGUCCGCUGUCUCAUCAAGAGAACCAGCAGAUCAAUUUGGAGAAUAGCAGGAACGUGGAUAUAUUGGAGCAUCAGGGUGGAUUAUCGCCUGGUGCGAGAUCGAUCGAGGGUCAAAGCGCGAUUCUAGCCAGACACGGCCACAAUCUUUCGUGCAGCCCGAGAAACUUGGAUCUUUCGCGAAACUUGGCUUUCGAGGCUGCGCGAAGAGUUCAGGAAUCCGGUAACUUGCAGGAGAACCAACACAGCCUAACUUCCAGCCCUAGUCCUUUGUUAGAGUCUAGCACAGCGUUACUCGAGACGUCCGCGAAAGAUCUGGCGGAGAAGCAGCUGGUCGAGGAUCAUUCCGGGUUAUCGCAGAAACAGGCCGGUUCGAGCAAAGAUAAGCUGAAGAAUAUUCAGCAAGUCAUGAAUCCCUAUCAGCACCAUCACGAGCCGACGUCAGCGGAACGUAACGUACACGGUCAUUUCCACGGCGAUACCCAUGCGCACGUUCACAAGCACGCGGACAAUUUCCGAAGCAGCACGAAUUUGGACGUCGGAGAAGGACUGAUGGGAUUUCAGCAACACCAGCGACAACACACUCAUCAUCACCACGGAAACACCAAGACCACGAACGUGACCCAUCACCACGGCCCGGCGACCGUGCAUCAUCCACACGGCCCGCAAGGAAUCACCGGUCACCAUCAUGCGAACCUGCCGCCUAGCCUAACUACACAUGUUCAUGGGAAUUCUGCUCCUCUGACCGGUUCUAAUUCGAAUCACGCGAGUCAAAGUGCGAGUGCCAAUCCUAACGCUCAUCAUCAUCCUAAUCCGAUACCUACGUCCACCGCUAUGGGACACAGAACAACUUCGCCGACGAGUCAUCACCGUCUUGGCGGCAACACCGGCCUCACCAGUCAUUAUCCCUCGAAUUCGGGAUUCUCCAGCGAGCAUCACGGCACGUCGAGCGCGAUGAGCGGAGCGUCCUCCAAUUCGAGCAUGUUAAAUCACGGUGGCUCACCUGCGGUUCAUCGACACGUGGUAAACGCGAAUAGCAGCCUCUCGACUACACCGUUGGCCGGCCAUCAUCACGGCAGUUCGUCAGGAAGUUUAACCGGACAUUCUAGCGUGAAUCAUCAUCAUGUCAGCUCUGGCAUAUCCUGCGAGUCUUCUUCGUCGAACGCCAAUACACGGACGCACAGCCGUUUGGAUCACGUCCACGAUCAUCAUCAUCAUUUACAACAAGUGCAUUCGUUGCAUUCGAGCCACCCGGACUCCCGGCAAAGGGACAGAGCCCCGUCGAGUCUCGAGCAUCACGGCCAUCAUCAUGCGCACAUGCACAGCCACGGCCACCAGCAUCCGCAGAACAGCGAUACCAAAAAUACGUCUCUCAUCGGAGUCGAUUCGAUACAGGUGUCGGCUCCUUCCAAGAGCAAAUGUCAAUGUCACGUGGUGCAAACCGGAGGAAACAAGAGAGGGCAAGAGGGUGAAAGCGACGGCGGUGUUGAAGUGACAUCGAGAACGCAUCAACCCCCAGCUCUUCCUCCUCGUCCACCUCCCAGGCCAACCAGACGAUACGAAACAACGUCCGUCGAUCAAUGCCACACGGGGGAAGGUGGUUGCUGCAAGAAGUACGUUGUCCUUUGUUGCCUUUGUGGUGGGUUGAGCGCUGCGGUCGGUAGUCUCUUUUUGGCGGUACACGCGGUCCUUUCAGCCCACACGGCCAGCCUAGCUCUCUUUGAGACUGUACCAUCUUACAUUCCUGGCAUAAUGCUAAUUUUAAUGGGUCUGUACACGAUGCUGCUCGCCAGGCGGAAACACAGACACGGACUCUUGAUGAAAGUCUGUGGCUCUGUCGGCGUGAUAUGUGCGUUGAUAUGCGUGUCAGUCACCGUCACCACCACAGUCAUACACAUGUCCCGGCUGCAAGGUCUUCGAAAAUGCGUGUACACCGCUAAAGCUAGGUCGUGCACGUGUUACGGAGCACCGGAAGGAGAUCCAGGUGUCCUCUUCGAAGGAACACCUCACUGCGAAGCAGUCCACGGCGCCCUCCACGCCUGUCUGAGAGCUCUGUUCGGUGUCUCGGUCGCUGGAAUCUUGGCUUGCAUAUUCUCCUGCAUGCUGGUGUACCAGUUGUUGAGUCACGAGAGGAAGAAGAUGUACUGGGAGCAGUUGGAGCUGAGAUGCAGGUCUCUUUACGGCCAGGGAGGAACCGUGGGACCAGCGACUGGUUCCUGCGGAUGUUGCAACGACUGCGGUGGUGCUAGCCCGUGGUGGGCGCAGACACCGGGGAAUUUGUACACGCCGAAUCCCGACUUGGCUCCAUCCAGAAGAUGGCGACUGCCCUGGUCGAGGUCCAGAGGACCAGCUCCGAGCCCUGACUCGAAUUACGGCUUCCACACUCAGGCCAGGCAAACCGAGGCCAACGUAGAAAACACGAACGGACCGUACAGUGUCCUUAAUUCUCAGUCCAGCGGUCCUUACUCUGUUUUAAACACGCAAAACGGACCGUACACUCCUAGCACAGCUUCUUACAGUGUCUUAGAGACCCCGGUGCCUCUGUGGGGUCCUCCACCGCCUUACAGCGAUCCCAAUAGUCCUGCCAGGCGACCACAAGUGACAGAACAAAGGCCCAGAAUAACGAAAAGAAUAGAGAACUUUGAGAACAACGAAGAUCACAGAGCGAGGCCCGCGAAACGUCCUUCCGAUAACUACGAAAACGCCGAAGAAAUAUCGAACAGCACAGAUCCAGAGGGAGGAAACGAGGGCACGAUGAAAGGUAGAAGAACUAGGAAACCGUUGAAAGGAGUAGAAAAUGGAGCAUUUCAACAGGAAGCCAAUCCUGGACCAAAACAGUCAGAAAGUGAGCUAUAUUUCGGCGACGUGUCCUCUUGCUGCGGACCGGAGAGCAGUUUCUACGAUUUAGCUGUGGAGAAAGAAGGUGCAGAGCACUCGGAAGGUGUUGACUACUUAGCAGCUCGUCUAGGCAAACGACAACUCUCGAAACGAUCGAGAAUGCCUCUGCCGUUGCCAUCGGACGGCGGAGACAUACCGUCGGACAAUUACGCGAACAGCGACGAACCGAGAAGCGCCAGAGGACCAUUUCUAGCGCCCGAUGCUCAGUACGAGGUGAUUCAACAAGGUCGAUACUCUUAUUACACGUCCAAGGACGACGAGCAACUCCAGGAAGGUCCUGCGACUUCGGGAUACUUCAGAGAGGAAGAGACUGAGAGGGGAAGAGAGAGAGAUUACAGGGACUACAGAAGCAGCCAGGAAGAGGAAACUCCUCAGUGUUGCUUGAGUGAUUCUACAACGUUAGAUUCAGGCUGGCAGAGUGGUGAGCAGCAACAGUCGGAUGAUAAUGUUCGACCGGUGAACGUGUGA